AGAUAGGUGGGGUGCGAAAGGGCUCGGCUUUGUUCAUUGUCAGUCCCAGUGGGUGACACAUGCAUCGUCACGGUCCUCCGAUAGCGCCUCAGCAUUUUAUUCUGUGAUGAUACCGUAAAAGGAAAGUUACAGUAGGAAAUACUGGCUGACACUGGGUUGUCGUUAUCUCCAAAUCAGCUGUGCCCUUGCUGCGUGUGACUGGCUACGUAUAAUCACUGGUUAUCUUGUGUUUGACAGAGGACACAAUGACAUUAGUAGUAGUAGCUGUGCACACUUUGGAAUAUUAUUGUACCUAAGAGGGGAUGGCGUGGUGGUGUGAGCAGCCAGCAUUGCGUGUGUGGAGAUGGUUCUAACGGACGCCGCUUCAGAGGACCUACGAACACUGAAACGCCCCGAUUUUUAUAUCAAAAUUUUCUACACAAACACAGCCAUUUGAACUUCUCUCUCUGAACUUUGAACCCCGUUUCCGCCGCCAUGCCGAGCACAUUCCGCCGCCAGAUCAAGAACACGGUGAACAACUACUCCACCGUGGAACGCAAAGUCCGCGAGGCCACGUCCAACGACCCGUGGGGGCCCUCGUCGUCCCUCAUGUCCGAGAUCGCCGACGCCACCUACAACGUCCAGAUCUUCGGCGAGAUUAUGGGCAUGAUCUGGCGACGCCUCAACGACCACGGCAAGAACUGGAGGCACGUGUACAAGGCCCUGACGCUGCUGGACUACCUGAUCAAGACGGGCUCGGAGCGCGUGGUGGUGCAGUGCAAGGAGAACAUCUUCGCCAUCCAGACGCUCAAGGACUUCCAGUACAUCGACAAGGACGGAAAGGACCAGGGCAUCAACGUGAGGGAGAAGAGCAAGCAGCUGGUGGUGCUUCUGAAAGACGAGGAGCGGCUCAAAGCAGAGAGAUCUCAAGCACUGAAGACCAAAGAGCGGAUGGCCCAGGUGUCUACGGGCAGCGGCGUGGGCUUCGGACGGGGCUCCUCUCAGCCCAACCUGGCAACCUACAGCGAGGAGUACGGGCGCUCCGAGGGCUCGCCGGCCUCAUACCACGGCUCAACUUCUCCAAACUUGGGGUCAGAGUUGGAGCAGGCCCGGCCCCAGACCAGUGGAGAGGAGCAGCUACAAAUCCAGCUGGCUCUGGCCAUGAGCAGAGAGGCAGCUGAACAGAAAACAAUCCUAAAUCUUGUGUUGUCUGGGGCUGGCUGUUUUCAGGAAGAACGCCUACGCAGGGGGGAUGACUUGAGACUACAGAUGGCCUUGGAGGAGAGCAAGAAAGAGCCAGGCUCAGCAAAACUACCCAAGAAAAAGAAGGAGGUAAAGCCUCAGUCGUCUCUGAUGGACCUGAUGGACGUCCCCGAGCCCACUGCCAGUGUUGACCCCUGGGGCUCCGGGGCCGGGGCAGGGGCAGGGGCCGCGGCCGCUUCAGCUGACCCCUGGCAGCCCUAUGGCUCUGUCCCUAAACCUGCCCCCUCGGUGGACCCGUGGGGCACCGUGGCUUCUGUUCCCCCGGCGAAGAGCGCUGAUCCCUGGGCACCGAGCUCCGUCCCUGCCCCAUCCGACCCCUGGGGCCCUGCAGCGGCCCGGCCCAAAACCUCCAACACAGUCCCCACCUACAAACUUAAAAGAAGCUUUGACCUGUUCAGUACAUCCAAUGGUACGUCUAAAGAGGACUUCUCAGAGUUUGACAGUCUGCGCUCCUCCUCCUCUGUCCCCACUGGUAAUGGUGGGAUAGCAUCGUCAGUGCCCUCUCAGGGCAGUCUGGUGAGCAGUGGCAGCCUGGACAUCUUUGACCCGCUGCCCUCCUCUACUUCCACCUCUCUAAACCCCACCAGGAAGACCCCUGAGUCCUUCCUGGGGCCCAACGCUGCCCUGGUUAAUCUGGACUCUCUGGUGUCCAAACCAGCCCAGUCUGCUCCUGUCAUUAACCCUUUUCUGGCAUCAGCAGGUGCAGCUGCAGCUGCAGCCCCGCCUCCAGCUGCCAACCCGUUCCAGGUGAGCCAGCCGGCCCCUCCCACUCUGAACCAGAUGCGCCUGAGCCCCAUGCCGUCGGGCUUUGGGACCAUAGGGGAGCCCAUCACUCUGGCCUCUGUACCGGCUCAGCCCAUCACUGUGGUCCCCCUCCCGGGCAUGACCCCCAUGGGCCGCACGGUGCCUGGCAUGAGUAUGGCCCAGGUGGGAGGGUCCACCAGUGUGGGCAUGAGCGCAGGGAUCCCAGCCUCCAUGUCCCUGCCCCAGCCUCUGAUGAGCAUGCCCCCCCAGGCCGGCACCCAGCCCACUGGGACCACCAACCCCUUCCUUUUGUGAGGACCUCCCUGUUCUUCCUCUGACACUUCAAUCUAAGAUUCACCAUGUACAAGGAGAUGUCUAAUCCCAUGUAUCCCUUUAUAACUAACAAGCCAGGUGGACAGUAGCCAUGGCACUGUGUGUGUGCUCUUCUUUCUAAAGCUUCACGCUGCCUACUCCUCCUGAUCAUGGACUUCCAGAGCUCUAGUGUUUACAGGUGUCUACAGUCAGUCUCAUGCCCGACUGCUGCUCCUGUCUCUGGGACAGAUGCUCGGACACUUCCCUCUGACACUGUGGCUCUUAAGUAGAGGACUUGACACAGCUGACCAUGUGUGGUUGUAUUUAGUGUUUUUACUGAGCAGGGAUGUUGCACAAAAGUUUCCCCUCUUCUUGUCUGCGACUGUUGGGAUCACCGGUACACCUUAGCUGAGGUAGGGAGGCUAGCUUUUUUCUUGGGAAAACCUACAAUAUCUUGUCUAGGUACCGCAGUCACCACUCUUACUCACUCCAGGUAAACUUCAUGAACUUUGACCCUUAGUGGUCACAGGAUAUAUAAUGAACACUGAAAUGCGUUCAAACGUGUCUGUAUGUGUCCAGUUCUGCUUAUGGUCAGUAACUAACCACUACCUUGUACGUCACUACAUGUACCCAGAGAGGACAAACUAAUCACAACAGUAUUUUCUUGUUUUGAAAAUCAUGAUUCUAUUUAGUGUUUUGUUUUGGGUCAAAGGGAUGCUUCACUUUUCACAUGUCCACAUUCUUCUUCUUGUUAGGAAUGCUCCAAUUUCAAUCCUAAACAUUAAGCCUUAACUCCUCAGGCACGCAGCCAUAUUUGUGAGAUUUAAAGGGCACGCCAGCCACUGCCACCGGAGUUCAGCUCGGAGUGGAUUUACUCGGGCUAAUCCGUGUACAAGAACAUUAUCUCUCGGACAAACACAGCCACUCAUCUGGUCUAAUGAUAGCACCAGGAACCCCGCCGUAAACACGAGUCUUUAUUUACUGUCAUAUUCCAAAUGCGUUACAUUUAAAGAUCUAUGAAAUCACAAGUUUUUUAAUGUUUUAUUUUUAACAUUCUAGAGUUUUUUUUACCCUGUAAGUAUGUAGUAUUUUUAGACAACUGUUACCAAAGUCAUAGCAAAAGUUCUAAACAGUAGGUUCACACCUCACUGACAACCUUGUUUAUACUGUAGAUGCUAUCGGAUACUCAUUUAUUAUUAAGAUUUUAUUUUUAUUUUACUUUUUGUAUAUCUCAAAUGUUAGCUAGCAGAAUAACACGGCUUUUACUGACAAAUACGUUUUCCUCUUGCUGCUCAAAUAUCUGUAAGAUGAGGAAUCGCUUUUGGCGUUUAACCCUUGAUUGUAUUUUUAUCAUUGCCAAUCUUUAUACUUAACACGUAACUCGGGUAGGCAUUUUUUUUUUUACUUUCAGUGCGAGCUGGCGCACUCUGCUGGUCUGUUUUGGUAUUAGAAGCUAAUUGCUGUUACAGAUGUGGACAAAAGUGUUGGUGCCCCUCUGGCAAUGAAAGAAAAAUCAACAAUUAUCACUGAAAUAACUUGAAACUGAUAAAAGCAAUAAUAAUAAUAAAAAAAAAAUUACUGAAAUUUACUACGAAAAUCAAACAUUGCUUUUCACCUGUGGUUAAUAACAAUCAUUAGAAAAAACAAAAUAAUGAAACUGGCCUGGACAAAAGUGAUGGUACCCUUAACUUAAUAUUUUGUUGCACAUCCUUUUGCGGUAAUCUCUGCAAACUAACGAUUUCUGUAACUGUCACUGAGACUUCUGCACUGGUCAACAGGUAUUUUGACCCACUCCACAUGAGCAAACUGUUCUUGUUGUCUCAGGUUUGAAGAGUGCCUUCUCCAGACGGCAUGUUUCAGCUCUUUUCACAGAUGUUCAGUAGGAUUGAGAUCUGGGCUCACAGAAGAACACUCCAGAACAGUCCAAUGUUUUGUUCUUAACCAUUCCUGUGUGUUUUUAACUGUGUGUUUUGGGUCAUUAUCCUGUUGGAAGACCCAUGACCUAUGACUAAGACCAAGCUUUCUGACACUAGGCAACACAUUUCAUUCCAAAAUACCUUGAUGGUCUUGAGAUAUCGUUGUAUUUUGCACAGAUUCAAGAUGCCCUGUGCCAGAUCCAGCAAAACAGCCCCAGAACAAAACCAAACCUCCUCCGUGCUUCACAGUAGGGACAGUGUUCUUUUCUUGGUCUGCUUCAUUUUUGCGUCUCUGAACAUAGAGCUGAUGUGCUUUGCCAAAGAGCUCCAGUUUUGUCUCAUCUGGCCAAAGGACAUUCUCCCAGAAGCUUUGUGGCUUGUCAAUAUGCAUCGUGGCAAAUUCCAGUCUCACUUUUUUAUGCAAUCUGACACUGAUGUACCUUGCCCUUCGAGUUCACAUUUACUUUCUUUGGAGGUUGUUCAGGGCUCUUUGGUUCCAGUCGUAUGAUCCAGCUCUUCAAUUUGUCAUCAAUUUUCCUCUUACGGCCGCGUCCAGGGAGGUUGCCUACAGUCCUGUGGACCUUAAACGUCUGAAUAACAUGUGGAACUGUAAUCACAGGAACAUCAAGCUGCUUGGAGAUGGUCUUAUGGUCUUUAUCUUUAACCUGUUUGUCUAUCAUUUUCUUUCUAGUCUCCUGACACAGUUUUUUUCUUCUCUUUUUCUGGUCCAUGUUCAGUGUUGUGUCCAUCAUGUCUCCAAACGGCACAAUGAUACAUGUCGCUCUUUAAACAGGCAGACUGAUUGAGGACAAGUUUGAAGACGCUUGUGAUGCAGAUUAGAGACACACCGAAGUUUAACAUGUCCCCAUUGUCCAAGUAUUUACAAUCUUUUCUAGGGGUACCUUCAUUUUUGUCCAGACCAGUUUCAUUUUUUUUUUUUAAUAAUUCUGUUGAACAACAAGUCAAAAACAGUAUCUGAUUUUCAUUAUUUUUCAGGAUUUAAAAAAAAAAAAUUUAUAAUCGCUUUUCUCGGUUUCAAGUUAUUUCAGUGACCGUUGAUGAGUUUUCUUUCCUUACGAGAGGGGUACCAACAAUUUUGUCCACGUCUGUAAAACCCAGAUCGACAUUUUACUCAGGCAGGAACAACUAGAAACAGCUCCAAUAGUUCGUCUAUUUGUUUUGAAUGAUUUUUAAGUUGUUAUGGCAUUUACCUAUAGACCAGCAAACUAUGACAUCUCAACAAAUAUGCAAAAUUGGAAACUGUGUAUGUUAAAAAAAAAAAAAAGAAAAAAAAGAAAGAAAAAAAAAACAAUGGGGGAAAAUUAUGGACGACCUUUAAUUGUAUGUUUUUAAUGUGUCAAAAAAUAGAAUACGUAAUUGUAUACAGGACUUUUUAUGGGGCUAACUUUUAAUGCAGUUACAAUGUGGCCUGUAUGUAGUUAAUACCAAGAACUAACAGACAUUCUUAACUGUGCGUGUCUAUAGAUUCACAUACUGAAAGGUGCACUGUGCAACUUUUCAGGUAGAGGGUCCACUGUCUAAUUGUCUCCAUGGAGAUGUUACUGCUUUGCCUGGAAUGUUCCGCAGUAUGUCAUUAUCUCGCAAGUAAAUUACAAGUGGUUUUAUUGCUCAAAAAUACAGGGUGUCCCAAAAAGUUUGACAUCAUUUUGAAGGCCAAUCAUUUUGGCAAUAACCUCAAAUGUUCAGAGUAUGUACAGGAACAGAUCAAGAUUUUAUAUUUAAUGUUUUAUUUAUUUAUUUACGGAUCUGGUAGACCAUCAUCAACAUCAGAAGAGAAGAUCGAAGUUCGUGAAAAACUCGAGAAGUCCGUAAGGGGAACAAGUUUGGAAACCCAGAUUUCUCGAAUGACGGUUUGGUGAUCCCGAUCCAGAUCCAAGUCCAAAUUUGUUUGCCUGUUGAAGUUUUUCCAAAUUUUGCAUUGAAGGCACGCUGCAGUUUUGAGUGACUGUGUGCGAGCAGAUUCCAAGACGCCAAAAAACUUCUCUUUGGGAGUGAACUGCAUGGCUCAACCUGAAAACAAAACAAAAAUUAAACAGUAAAUACAAAAUCUUGAUCUGUUUCUCUACAUUCUGUGAAAAUUUAAGGUUAUUUCAACAAGAACUGGCAAAAUUAUUGACCUGCGAAGUGAUUUAACAUUUUAUUGGGACACCCUUUACCUUGAAAACACGUGCUCUUACUUUCACAGGGGUCACCUCUCUACAGAUUUGACCUGUAACAUUGCCUCGUCUCUUUGGAAAUGGAUACGUUAAAUCCUGUGCUGUAGAAAUCUCCUGGCAAAGCAAUAACACCUCCAGUUGGCAGACGCUCCACCAGAAAAUGUCCAUAGUGCACCUUUAAGUACGGGGGGGCAGGCUGCUUUUCUAUCCCAUAUUAUGCUAUACCCUCUGGCAUUAAAACUGUAUAAUAUAAUUUAUCAUUUGUACUAUUGUAACAUACUGUUCCUCUGUAUACCUUUUAUUAUUUUGUGUAAUGGGGAUUUUGUAGGAAAAGUCACCGUGGUAUUUGACUGGCAUAAACAAAAAGCUGCAGGCCACACUGUUGGAUGUAGCAGGUUCAAAAUAAAAUGCGUAUUAAGCUCUGUAAA